CUUGAGUUUUUCUCCCAUUUCCUGCUAACCGCUUUGAGCGGAUGGGGCUCCAGCAAGCCUCAACAUCCGAGCCCCGAUAGGACAGCGCCUAGCUGGACGUCACUCAGCAUCGGUCGGUCAUCGUGUUUACAGUGUGCAGCCACACUUAGCCAGGAAAUACGCUUGGAGGUGCCGGUUCUGAAGGCUUGGUUGGUCAUUUUGAUUAUUUUUCAGAAUAUCUACUGAUUUACCAUUUUUGGUAACAGAGCUGCUAAGAUUGGAGGGCAAACUUUGAUCACUUAAGUAUCUUUGUUUUGCUGGAAUGGCUGGGGGAAGAAGAGGAUCCAGCAAGACAUCAUAUUGCCGAUCCCCCCUAAGUGAAAAUGGCUCAGUGACCAAUUCUAACCAUACUUCUGGUUCACCAUUGAGUGGGGUGAGGUCACGCACAAGGAGUGGCUCGGGCACUGGUAUGUCUAGCCCACCCUUGGCGGCACAGACUGUGGUUCCCCUUAAGCACUGCAAGAUUCCAGAAUUGCCAGUGGACAGGAAUGUACUCUUUGAGCUGAACUUAUUCUUCUGUCAUCUUAUUGCACUCUUUGUCCACUACAUUAACAUCUACCGGACAGUUUGGUGGUACCCACCCAACCAUCCACCUUCUCAUACCACCCUAAAUUUUCACCUCAUUGACUACAAUUUGCUGCUGUUCACAGUCAUCAUGCUAGCACGAAGACUAAUUGCUGCCAUGGUCAAAGAGGCAUCAAAAACUGACAAACUCUCCUUCCCAUACUCCCUGUUUUUGAUGAUAGCUCGAUUUGCAAUCCUGACUGGAGCAGGGUGGAGUCUGUGCCGGUCAAUGAUUCAUUUAUUUCGGACAUAUUCCAUCUUUAAUCUGCUGUUUCUUUGUUACCCGUUUGGCAUGUAUAUCCCUUUUCUUCGCUUGAACUAUGAUUUCCGGAGGUGUAGUUCUCUAUCCUCUGUUGCUAACAUCAGCACCAAAGAUUCUGGAGCAGCCAGUGGACAGAGCAGUUAUUAUCUGAGUGUGCUAAAGGAGACCUGGAAGUUGCAUUCACGAAUUCUGUAUGGGGUUGAUGUCAUGCCCACUCAUGCCUGCUGUUUAUCACCAGAUCUCAUUCGCAAAGAAGUGGAGUACCUAAAAAUGGAUUUUAACUGCAGGAUGAAAGAAGUUCUGGUCAGCUCUAUGCUCAGUGCAUACUAUGUGGCCUUUGUUCCAGUCUGGUUUGUUAAGAGCUCACAAUACUAUGACAAGCGAUGGUCUUGUGAACUAUUUAUCCUGGUCUCAGUAAGCUCAUUGGUCAUCCUUAUCCGACAUCUGGUUCCACCACGCUAUUGCGAUCUCCUACACAAGGCUGCAGUCCACCUAGGCUGCUGGCAGAAGGUUGACCCAGCCUUAUGCUCCAAUGUUCUUCAGCAUCUGUGGGCAGAAGAAUACAUGUGGCCCCAAGGAGUUUUGGUAAAGCACAACAAAAAUGUGUAUAAAGCAGUGGGCCCUUAUAAUGUUGCUGUUCCAUCCGAUAUUUCACAUUAUCGCUUUUAUUUCUUCUUCAACAAGCCUCUAAGGAUUCUGAAUAUUCUUAUUAUUAUUGAAGGAGCCAUGAUAUUCUACCAGCUGUAUUCCUUAAUAUGUACAGAAAAGUGGCACCAGACGAUAUCAUUGGCUUUGAUUCUCUUCAGUAACUAUUAUGACUUCUUCAAACUGCUUAGAGAUAGGAUUGUUUUGGGAAAAGCCUAUUCUUACUCAACGCAGACUAACUCUGAACAUAAGUUAAACUAAAUUAUUGAAUGUGGUUUUUAAAAAAUGAAGGUUUUGUAUUUUUCUGUAGUUUCUUUUGCAGUCUUGCUUUUUGCCAGAAUGGAAAAUAAAUAUUUUUAUAUGUCACCAGAAAUCC